AGUUUCUAAAAUUAUCUCGACGAUAAACCUGUGAUUAAUCUCAUAGACAAAAUUUACCCAAAAAUCCAGAAGAUUGAGAACGUUCUUUCUCACACAAUUUAGAAGCCUCAAAGACCUCAAAUUUGGCUAUUACACUUUCAUCUCAUCCCUUAUUUCAGCUUUUUAUAUCACAGUUAUAAAGAAUUGGAGGCCAUUUUUGAGCUAGGAUUGUGUAGUAGUUUAGCGGGUGGGUUUUAUUGUUGAAAAGAGAAGAGCCAAACUUGCAGAAAAUACAGCAAAAAAAGCAAAACAGAGAGACGCAGAAGAGAUGAACGGAGGACAAGAGAAGCCGAAAGAAGAUAGAGAAGGCUCUCCAACUGAGUCUCAGCAAACAGUUUCUGAUGAUGAUGAGAUAGAUUACUCAAUAAAGCCAGAAUUUUAUGACCCCAAUCUUGAUGACAAAGAUGAGUUAUGGGUUCAAAAGAAAAGAAAAGGCCACAAUUCUGAUGCUGUCCUCAGCUGCCCUGCUUGCUUCACCACCCUUUGUUUAGAUUGUCAAAGGCAUGAAAAAUAUUUAACACAGUACCGAGCAGUUUUUGUGAUCAAUUGUAAGAUUAAGAGCUAUCAAGUUUCACAACAUGGAAGUAAACGGAAAAGGGGCCGAAGACACGGGACUUCUUCCGAGACUGAAGCUGAUUCUGUUGCUGGUGAAGCAGUUAAGCCUGUCUGCUGCUCGGUUUGUUCAACAGAUGUAGGAGUCAUCGAUGAGGAAGAGGUGUAUCACUUUUUUAAUGUUCUUCCAAGUGAGUCUUGAUGUGUCUUACUGCUUGAAUGACGGUACAAGCUUCCAACUUUGGCAAAAGAAGAUUAUAGCUGGUUAUCAUUGACUUUAUAGCUUGCUCUAAUUAUAGCUGUCUUCUCCAAGCUAGAAGAUUUGCCAUGGCUGAGAGUAUGAUGUAUAUUUCUGUCUGAAAAUAUGGCCGGAUUAUAUGGUGCACAUCUUUGAUUCUACUGGAGCAGAGACAAAAGAAGACGAUUAAAGAACUCUUGGAAAACGAAUAAGAAUCAAGUAUAAGAUGACAUUUUAGGAUUAUAUAUCGAA